CAGUUCCCCCGAGCUGAGUGUUUGUGUCCGCGCCGGGACGCUGUGAUGGGGGCCCAGGGCUCCGUGCCGGAGGGGGUCCAUGUGGUGGUGAUCGGCGGGGGGUUCGGAGGCAUCGCGGCCGCCCAGCAGCUGAAGUCCAGCGGUGUCACGUUCACCCUCAUCGACCUCAAAGACGCGUUCCAUCACAACGUCGGCGCGCUGCGCGCCUCCGUGCAGGACGGCUUUGCCCAGAAGACCUUCAUCCCCUAUGCAGAGACGUUUGGAGAGAGCUUCACCCAGGGACGGGUGGUGCUGGUGGAGCCAGAGGGACAGAGGGUGGUGUUGGAGGACGGGCAGGAGGUACUCUACUCCCACCUGAUCCUCUGCACCGGUACGGAGGGCCCCUUCCCGGGGAAGUACACCAGCCCCUCCUCCACCCAGACCGCCGUCCAGAGGUACCAGGACCUCCUCCAGCAGAUCCAGGCCGCGGGGUCGGUUCUGGUGGUGGGUGGGGGGGUGACGGGAGUGGAGAUGGCUGCCGAGAUCAAGACGGAGUUCCCAGACAAGAAGGUGGUCCUGGUCCAUUCCCGGAUCCCCCUGGCCGACCCGGGCCUGCUUGCCAGCGUCAGGCAGCAGGCGAAGGAGGUCCUGAUGGAGAAGGGGGUGGAGCUGGUUCUGGGCCAGAAGCUGUUGGGCAUGGAGGGGGUGGAGCUUAACGUGACCCGGAGGAACCAGCUUCUGACUACAGACCAGGGCACGGAGAUCAGGGCCGACCUGGUCAUCAGCUGCACCGGGCAGAGGGCCAACUCUGCUGCCUACGCAUCCGGCCUGGCCGACUGGGUAGCAGAGGAUGGAUCUCUGAAGGUGAACCCCCACCUCCAGGUGGGGUCGCACCCAAACAUCUACGCCAUCGGAGACUGCGCCAACAUCCAAGAGCCGAAGAUGGCGUACCACGCCGGGCUCCACGCCGCCAUCGCCGUUAGCAACAUCACCAACAGCCUAUCAGGGAAGGAUCUGUGUACCUACAGCACAGGCAGCGUGACCAUGCUGGUGGCCCUGGGCCGGGACGCGGGCGUGGGUCAGUUCAACGGCUGCCGCCUGCCGCGCAUCGCCGUGGUGCUGGGCAAGAGCAAGGACCUGCUGCUGUGGAAGAGCUGGAGGGACAUGGGCCAGACCGCCCCCUGACCCGGGAGAGACCCAGACCGCCCGUGACCCAGCAGUCGGUCGUCGUGGAGACGGCUCUGACCUCCUCAGGUUCAGAGCUCAAAUUGUGGCGACAGUUUGACCACUGGACCGAUACUGUUCCCCAAGUGACCUCUGCCUUGACCCCAGACCUGGUGGUCGUCUACCUCCGGCCCCCUGCUGGGUGGACUGUAGCUUGGAUACAUAUGCAUCUCAUGACCUCAAUUAAAACUGUUUGUCACAUUAUUGCACUUGAAUAAACACAUUGCAGAUCAAUGAGCCGGAGAUUGGUGCCAAGCUUUACACUCAAAUGUUCUUUAUUACUUUUUUUUUUUUCAAAACAUUAAAAUAGUUUCCAAACUUUAAAUAAAAUGUAACAGGAGCUUGA